AACAACAUGAAAGACAUCUUCAUUGCCGACAACGAAGCAAAAGAAACAUUAUUGGAAAUAUAUGGACAAGUUAUACAGAUGGUUAAUGAACUUCCCAAAGAAUUGUCAACUUUGUUGUCAAAGCUAUACGGAGAUGUUUCAUCGAAACUGGAAAUGAAUGCCAAAUUAUUUUCAGAGAAAUGCAAACUUGUUGUUGCAGGCGAGUCAAACUCUGAUAUGAACAGUGUUAUAAACACAGUUCUGGGAUCCGAGAUACUUCCUAAUCCACAUGUACUUUCGCCAGGAACUAUAUGUUGUGUGCAUACAGUACCCUCUGACGUGGAGGGAUAUUUUGUGAUUCAAAUGACCAAUGGAUCGAAGGAGAGACAUUCUUAUCCUAAGAUGCCGGGCGCGUUUCAAGGUCUAUUGUCUGACAAAAUGAAGGGGAACAUGUCCCAGCGCAUUGAAACGUAUUGCCAUCUGCCAGUGUUUGGAAACACCGAUAGCGUUACAAUUGUAAGUCAUCCUGGAGGAGAUAACAUAUUGCCGAAAGAGUUCAUGGAAUCGGUUGAUGAUGCUUCAAUUCUCAUUUAUGUAGUAAACAGCGCAUGUUCAGAUGGUAUUCAAGAAAAUAAGUUGAUGCAAAUGUGCAAACAGCUACAGUCAGACGCACGAGCAGACAACUUAAAUAGCUUUGAUCCCAAAUGCAUGAUGUUUUUAUGCAAUAAUUGGGAUAUUGUUGAGAAAAAGGAACGCUCCGAUCCGGGUGCAGAGAAUAGAAUAUGGAAAGAGAUUGUUACGAAGAUACAGAAAUAUUUCCCAGGAAUUUCUGAACGUGAUCAAAUUUACAAGUUGAGCACCACUGAGAUGAAAGCGGACCUUAAUCGGCAAGCACAUGAACGAUGUAAGCAAAUGGUGGUGCUGCUAGAAACACACCUGAAUCAAACGACUGUUCAAAGCGAUAUCAAGAGUAGAUUCUAUGCCAAUAUCAACAUGCCCCUUUCCAAUAAAAACAUCGACGAAAUCAGAGAAGAGGUGAAGAGGUAUAUUCAAGGUCUCAUAUUACAAGCCAUACAGAAGUGGGAACUAGACUCUAAACACUACCAACGCACUGUAACAAUUAUAAACGAGGAAUUUGAAACGAAAGUUCAGUCCCUGCGAGAAGAGUUUGAAGAUGUUGAACGACUUGUGCAUAUUGAGAACGAACCCAACAAUGAUUUGACAGGGACUAUUGAAACACCAGUCGAUGACUCUUUGCCAGCUGGUGGUAAGGUAUUAAUUGCGGUAACAGCACCUAUAUGGAUUCCUCUUGGCAUAGUUGCUUCCUUGAUUGCCAUCCCGGUUGCUUUUGGAGUAGUUAUGAAUGAUGAAAGUAAUUUGAACGACUUCCGGAAAGACAGAUCACCGUUUAUGGAGAAGUGGUUAAAGGAAUCUUUGAAAGAAUUCUUGAAAAAGAAAUCAAUUGAAAAAACUGUGCAUGAAAAUUAUGUUUUCAUCUUAACGAAACGAAUAGAUCAAAUGAGUGCCCGUAUUGUUUCAAAAUCAGUGCAAGCAGACAUGGUACAUCUGGAGUCCAUUUUGAAAGACACGCGUGAAUCACGCGAGAUCGUUGAGGAUUUUACGGAUAUAAAGACCACCGUUCAAGAUCAUAUUGCGUCAUUGAGAUUGUUCGAGCUACAAUGUCUUGACAGCGAUAAAGUUAACUGUGUUGACAUAACUCGUGUUAAAGAAAUCGGUACCGGACAUUUCUCAGACGUUUAUGCAGCUAAAUAUUUGCAGGAGGACGUAGCACUAAAAGUUAUUAAAAGAUCAUCCGCUACGAUGUUUACACAUUUGGUCGAGUUAGAAAUAUUCAGGAGGUUAGAUCACAAGCACAUUGUGAAAUUUAAGGGAGCAUGUUACACUGACAUGUUGCCAGCUGUGGUUGGAGGCGGAAAGCGGGAGAAGCUGAGCAACUUCCGGUUGAUGUUCCUGUUCGAACAAUGUGACACCAACUUGGAAGAUUAUGUAUUUAAUAAUGACAAACUCCAGUGUGGAAAUAAACCACCAAAAUCCAGAGGUCAAGCAUCCGAGUUCUUUAGCCGAACAGGAAAGGCUGUUUGCUCUGCUAUGUUGUUCAUUCAUGGGGAAGGCUAUGCGCAUAGGAAAAUGCACCUGAGAGGCGUUUUGUUACAAAGCGGAACAGUGAAGCUUUGUGGACCGACCUGUAAGCCGGAUACGAACAUAAAUGAUGGGUCUAGGAUUUUGGCUCCGGAAGUUGUGGUACAAGGAAACAUUGGUCAACACACCGAUAUAUUCGAUUUUGGAAUACUGCUGUGGGAACUUUGGUAUGGAAGACGGGCAGCUAUAGAUUUGAAAAAGAUUCGACACAUAACCAGCAGACAGCAUCCUGAUUGCAAUGCCGAGCACGCAAUGCCAGAGGCUCUGGCACGUGUUGUAGAGAGUUGUUGGGCGCUAAACGCAAACGAUAGACCUGGUGCCGGUCUGCUGUUGGACAAAAUGAAUUCGAUUAUGUAA